AUGGAUAACCAGUAUCAUGCAAACAUGGUACACAACCAAGUCAGCGGCAAGACGAUGCUAUUCGCAAUCAUCGCCGGAAUCACAAUCGGAGGACCGCUUCUGGCGUUGAUGGGUUUCAGUUUCUUGGCUACGAUGACUCUGUUUGUAAUCAGUUCUCCACUUCUGAUUAUCUUCAGCCCUCUUCUCAUGGGUGCCGGCUUUGUGUUCGUAGCAGCGCUGGUGGGUUUCGGUGCUGCUGGCUUAAUGGCGAUCGCUGGGCUGUGGGCGUUGGGGUGGGUUUUCCCGUCAGUUAAGCGAGAUGGAUUGGAAGGUCUGGAAUAUGCGAAGGAGAAGUUAGUGGAGUUUGGGGAGAACGUAAAAGACACCGGAAAGGAUUGGGGUAGUCACCUGAAACAGACGGUGCAAAACUCGCCGGAGAAUAAAACCGCCAACAGAGCUUAA